AUGCCUCUCGGAAGAAACGCCAAGCAGCUGCGGCAUAUGCUCAGAAACCUGGGAGCAUCUCUCAUAGAGUAUGAGAGUGUGACCACGACGCUCGCCAAAGCCAAGAGAACUCAAGCGCUUGUGGAAAAUCUCAUCACCAAGUCCAAAAAAUACAAAGCUUCAGGAGAACUUGAGAAACUACGCUCAAAGCUGGGCGCCGAGCUUUAUAAGCCCCAAGUUGUUGUUCCAAAGAUGAUCAACGAACUCACCACCAGAUACGCAAACAGAGACAGCGGUUUCACCAGAAUAAUCAAAUUGGAGCCUAGAUUGGGAGACAACGCACCACAGGCCGUGUUGGAACUAGUGGAUUCAUCCACCAGAGAACUCAAGUUCUGGUACUUAGCCAGAGUCGUCGCCAGACUAGAGCAGCAGGGUCUGCCUCUUGACAAGCUGACACGGAAAAACGUGAACUCAUUACUUCUACACAGAAAUGAUGCCGAAGAGACAUUCAGAAAAGCAGUGGACGUUUGCAAAGAAAGAUGGUACCAAGACGUGUCCGAAGAAACCACUCCAAGAAUGAAAUCGGAUACCAACGGAUUCCAUAAAGAGUUCAAGAACUACAAAGUGGUUCCGAGAGAAAAUUUGAAUAAGGUUGGUGAAUGGGUCCUGGUACUCGUAGUCUUCGAUCUGCACAGCUCUGAUGAGAUCUCUGAGUCUCUUUUGUCUCAGUUGAGGCUUGGAGCUGAUGACGGCAACAAUCAAGUAUCUCAAGAUCCAAGGACAGGAAGCCUGGAUCGUGGAGAGGUACGAGGAAGAGAAGAACAGAUCCACCAAACUCUCAAGACCGUUCUCGGAGUUGAAGAAGAUGAACAGAGAGAAAUGGAUCAACCACGUUCUCUUGUUCAACUGGUCAAGAGUGGUACCUUUGAAAUGUCUGUUGUCUAUGAUUUCUCUCAAUUUGUUAAGUUCCUCCAAAGCAUCGGACCAAGACUCGGUAAUGAUCUCAGAAGAAAUCUUACCCCAGGUUGCGCUCAAAUUCAAAUCUUGGUUGACAGAAAGGAGUCUGAAAUUGUUAAGAAGGUCGGAUGCAACGACAUAAUCUCCUCUGUUGUAUUGGAAUUUACCAAACUUGUACAGCUCCAAGAUCUUAGCAUCAUCGAUUUGGUGAUUUUUCGAAAGGUAUUCUCUGUUGUAAGUUUUGUCCUGUUUAAGAGACUCCUGGACGUCCUUGGAUGCAAGGAUUUCCAAGGUCUUGCUGGUUGCCUUGUCCAAUUCAUUGAAUUCUUGUUCAAUGGCCUUCUCCUUCUCGAUGAACUCGGCUGGCAGCUCUUUGCCAGGGUAAAGAUGGUCGAAUUUCUCUUUGAUGAAUUUGGUCAUAUAGGUCUCUUUCAAAAGGUCAUACUCCAUAGACUCGACCUCUUUGGAGGUGUAGAUCGAAUCCAAGUUCUCAACCAAUGGAUAGAUUAA